CAGUCUCAAUUUCUCACGGAAGUUCGUCUGUAAUUAGUGUUUUCGUGAUCUUUGACAGAAGAAGCACAUGUUAAAAGGAAAUUGUACUAAGCGUUCGACAAAGUAGUUGUAAAGUUUUCUUUGAUUUUUCAAUCAACCAAUUGUCAAUGUUUAAUCCACUGGUGCUACUGCCCGUCUCUUAAAAGUUGUUGAAUAAAAAGCAGUCAAAUCAAGGGAUGUCUUAACUGCCGCAAGAUUCUCGAAUUACAUUUGUGCAAGAAGCAUUAAAGAAAAUCACUUGACUGUGAUGCAACAAAAAGAUAGCAUCUGGACCUUAAACGUUACUGUGUGGCUGUUGAAGUUGCCUGUAACUGUGAAGCACCUCAGAAGGUGUAUUGAGUAUUCAAUGUCAGUUACUCCAUGUUUCUUUUGCCUCAAAUUGCAGGAAUUCCAAUCUACAUGUUGAUCAACAUUAAAUGUAUCUCCUCAUUGAACAGCAAAGACUUGAGAAAUUUGGAGACUGAUAAGUUUUUUCACUUCCACCUGACUCACUUGGAUUCCUGGUGCCAAAAAAAAAUCAUUUUUAGCACAUGCAUGGUUACUGUUCCUAGAUGUGAAGUGGAUUUUCGACACUGCAAACUCUUGUCCUUCUUCCACUUCUUCCCUUUUUGGCUUGUCCUCCGUGUACAUUCAUGCGAGUAUGCAUGUAUUCAGGAGGCCGCUUAUUCCUCGUUUACUCCUUCCGUCUGUGAUUCUGAUUGACGCAUCCAUACCAAGACUGUUUCAGAAUGUACGGAUAUUUGGACGUCAACUGAAGAAAAGGUAUUGCUUUUUCGUGUAAUUGAAGCCAUUUUCAAUUCCGGAGGCAACAGCAAAAAAGGACGUACACGCAAUAUUCUCUCAGCCAGUACGACAAUGCUUCGUCAGUCACCUCAGACUGAAAAUUCUGCCAUUUUCCCAUUGAGAAGAUGGAAAAUCAUCAGAAAAUUAAGGAUCACGUUUCAGAAUUGAGCGCGGACCGAUUGAGCAUCCUGAAACAAGCCCUGCAUUAAGCAAAGCAUUUCCAUGAAGACUCAUACUCUGAUCUUUCCAUCUGGCUGGAUAAGAGAGAGGAAGCGUUGGCAAAUGCGGAUGAUCCAGCCAUUCACCUCAAACAGAUCGAUCGUCAACAGGAAGUCAACAAACUUGUCAUGUCAGAAGCUGCCGAGUACAAAACAACUUUUGGAAAAAACUGAACAAGACAAGCAGGACUCUAGCCAAGCUAUGUCUUAAUGAGGUAGAAGGUGCUAAGUCAACGAUUUUAUCGAAUUGCACAAUUCCCGGUAUGCUGCUUUGCGAUCAGGUGUCUGCAGAGACGAGUCAAUUCUCUGACAAACUGAACGGCAUGCUCAUCGCUUUGACUAAUGCUUUCAAAAAAGUGAAAUCGGCUGAGCCCAUCUCUGCCCACCCUGAUAAGAUCCAGGAAGAGAUGCAAGAAAAGGAAUCUAUUGUUGAAGACUUUAACAAGAGCCGAACCGACGAAACAAAUUCAAGAGAUGGAUUCCGCCUGGGAUUACGUCACGGCAUUGUAUAUUCAACGAGAGGAUAACUGCAUCAAUUUCAUGGAAAGGUCCAUGGAAUAUCAUGAUAUCCCUACGAAUGUUCAUCAAGUGGCUGACCAAUGCCGAGAAAACUUUAAGCGGCUUCAAACCCAUCUCCCGCGCCAUGGAGACUUUUGUCUCUCUGAUCAUCACAAUUCCCUCCAAUGGGACUUUCGAUUCAGAAGAUGGCGAUCGUCAGCCUCAAUAAAAAUGGGACCCCCUCAAAGUACUUCAUCCAGAAGCAGGAUGUGAUCCUUAUCAAGAACCUCCUCAUGUUGCUUGGAGCGUGUCCUAUCAAGAUCUGCCGAACGAACAAGGAGACUGGACUUUUCCUACAAAGAGACGAAAGAGUAUCACGACUCGUGGCACGAGCUGUAUUCCUGGUUAGAGGAAGCUGAAAAAGGUAUUUCAAAGGCACCUCUCAAGGAAUGACGAGCCCCAACAGCUCCUUAUCUGGUCAGCUUGGAAGCAGCCAAACAAUCUUCUCGCCCCUUCAUAUAUCUUUAACACCAUUUCUUACAACUGGAAGGCAGUCUCAUCAAUUCUUAGAUCAAGGAUCCAUCAUUUCACCGGACAGCGAACGUCAGACCUCGGAGAAUUGGUGGAAUGUCAUCAACGAACAACUAGAGGAAAAUGGGAAACGUUUCCAUUUGAUAUCCUUAAUUAAGAAAAUUUUUAUAGCACUGGAAUCUUCUUCGUUUCCCACCGCUGUUGCCAAAAACAUCAAUCAAAAGUGCAAAGAAGAUAGCCAGAUGUACGUCCGCAGCCUUUACAGCAACAGGACUCUGUGGGCUUUGCAAAUGCAAGAGUCAACGGCAAAACUGCCCCCGGGAAUAUUUGUACAUGGCACGCCAAAUAUUCAAGCAGAUGGACUGUUCGAUGAAUGUCUGGCCAUUCGGGCUCCUGAAUUCGAUGGGCAGUACUGUACCGUCUUCUUUAGGUCAGAAGUCGUCAAUCAAUCAGAAAUUCUUCCGCCAGAUGAAUCCUCACUCCAUCUCCAAUCCCACGGAGAACGGGCUCUGAUCGACAACUUUGUCACCGUUUUUCAGCUCUUGGGAUUAUUAGGAUCGGAUCGAAUCGAACCCAAAGUGGCCCUGGCAGAUGCCAAAAUUGGCAAUUACCCACACGUCAACCCCAGCACCGCAUUCUGUCUGCCAUCGUCUUGCAGUGCCGCCGACCUCGGCCAAGCGGUUGCCGAACUCGUUGGAAGUUACGUGAUAGCCAAUCGAUCUAUCGUGACGAUUGCCGACGAGCGAUAUUGCUUCAAAGCCAAUAGUGUUUCACCUUCUUUCGAUAGUGUCACCAUUAUCGUCAUAGAGGCGUUCAUUCUUGUUGGUCUUUUAGUUGUAAUGGCAACCGUUCACGAAGCCUGGCGAAUAUACCGUGGGACCGAUUUCGAUGCCAAACCGGACGGCAAACUCUUGAGGGCGUUGCAAUGCUUUUCCGUCUUACACAACGGCCGUAAAAUCCUGUCGAUGAAGAGGACAGCUUCGUUUUCGGACGAUCAUUUUGGUUGCAUUCCAGGCAUCCGCUUCUUCUCAACUUGCUGGGUCGUCUUGGGAAACACUGCUUAUAUUGUUUCAGAUAGGGUUAUGAACAGAACUGCUAUGGUUUAUACAGCCUUACAAAUUGGUAUUCCAACCGGCGCCAAUUUGUCAAUUUUUAUCGACCAUUUCUUCUUGAUUGGCGGUUUGCUCACAUCUUCCCAAUUGCUCCGGGAGCUGGACCGUCACAAGGGCAGAUUCAACGUCGGCCUUUAUUAUUUGCAUCGAUAUCUGAGACUGACUAUUGUGUACGCCUUCAUCCUCGGUUUCAUCGCAACGUUAAUAGUCUACGUCGCCACCGGACCCAAUUGGUACACCGUGGAUUUUUAUUCAAACGCUUGUCGCCUCGCCUGGUGGAGACAGUUUCUCUACAUUAACAAUUUAUUUCUUGGGGAUCCCAAUUAUUUGUGCAUGCGACAAACUUGGUUCCUGGCGGUCUUCAUGCAACUCCUAAUCGUAUCUCCACUUCUCAUUUAUCCGCUUUGGCGAUGGAGGAAAUUGGGACUUGCGUGGUUGAGCUCCGUUGCAAUUGGCUGUUACACCACGAUCUUUUGGGUUUACGCAGAGAAAAAUACAGAAACCCACCUUAAUGACUAUCGUCACAAACCGUGGAUUAGAGCACCUACUUACCUGGUUGGAAUACUGUCAGGUUGGAUCUUGCACAUCACAAAAUGUUCUCCCAUUCGACCAUCGAAACUUUUUGUGGCUAUGGGAUGGGUAGUGUCCAUAGCCGUUGGUGCUGCCGUUAUUCACGGUAUGAAGCCCAAUGUUGUCGUUCCAUCAGGAAUCAACGAGAUUAGUUAUGAUCUUUUGAUGGUGUUCGGUCCUCUGCAUCGGACCGCUUGGGCUUGUGUCAUGGCUUGGAUCAUCAUCGCUUGUUCCCGGGGCUUUGGCGGUUUCCUUAACCGGCUCUUAUCAUGGAAAGGUUUCUUACCACUUAGCCGGUUGACUUAUUGCGUCUACCUGAUCCAUUGGGACUUUCUCAACGUGUAUUACUCCGCUGUGCGGAAACGUUAUUAUUUUAGGUUGUACGAACAGUUCAUCAUUCUAUUCGGUAUCUUCUUCGUCAUUUAUGCACUUGCGUUUGCGAUAUCCGCUUCAAUUGAAGUAUCUUUCCUACGUUUGGAGAAACUCAUUUUCUCUUCCAAACCCAAAAGAAAUUCACUGCCUGUAACUAACGAUUGACACGCGCGUCAUAGCCUAAGGAUAUGCAAAACUUAAGUCUUAGCUAGUCUUACAGAAAUAAAGCAAGGUUCAUUUUUACUACUUUAUAGCGGUACACAUAUCUUUAUGGGUAAUCGAUGGGAAAUGGUAUGAUUGUGGAGUUUAUGCGUCAAUAUUGGAAUCAAAGCACAUCCUCGACAUCAAACGUACUACUUGAAUAAAUAAUGUUUACACACAA